CUUGCAUUGCCCUUGUUUUUGCUGCUGACAGGUGCUCAUAUGAAUGCCUCCAUUACCUUUGCAAACUGCCUGACAGGAAGACUCCAGUGGUACAAGCUUCCAGCAUAUGUGAUUGGCCAGUUUGUGGGCUCCUUCCUCGCUGCCUGUACUGUUUUUGUAAUGUACUACGAGGCUCUACAGGAUUACACUGGAGGAAACCUGACCGUAACUGGGCCUACUGCCACCGCAGGGAUCUUUUCCACCUACCCAGCCCCAUACGUGUCUCUAUGGGGUGGCUUUUUUAAUGAGUUCAUUGCCACCUGUAUUCUUUUGGUUGGCAUCCUCGCUAUCAAUGACACAAAGAAUGCAGCAGCCCUACAUGGCACCGGCGCUUUCAUCACUGGACUUCUUGUUGUGGGAAUCGGCAUGUCCAUGGGGAUGAACACCGGCUAUGCCAUCAACCCUUCCCGGGAUUUGCCACCAAGGAUUUUCACUGCCAUCGCUGGCUGGGGACCGGAAGUCUUCAGUGCUGCCAAUUGCUGGUGGUGGGUCCCCAUUGUGGCCCCGAUGCUGGGAAGCCUGGUUGGAGUCUUUGUCUACAACAUCCUUAUUGACUUCCACAACCGGUCCCAGAAGGAACUGGAACUAGAACUGGAACCCAGCCAGAGUGACAAAUACAGGAAGCACGACCUUGAGGCUGGAGGGACCCCAGAGGUCCAGUUGUGAAACCAGAGCUCCCAUCCCAUGGAUGCUGGACUUAGGACAGUUUGAUGGCUGCUUUUAACAGACUGCAAGAUUUUGAAUUUACCAUUGGACAUCUAAGCACAUAGAGCCAUUGUGGGUAUUUCAGAGGAAGAAGGCACACCUUGGAUAAAGGGGCACAUGAAUGUUGGAUGGAAUGGAAGAAGACUGGAGUUAAUUUGCCAACACUGAAUCUCAGUGUGAACCUUAAGAGCCUUGUAAAAAUCCCUUUGGAAUGGGAUUCUCAAAUGGCAUGUUCAAAAGAGGCACCUUGAGAAAAAUAAAUA